ACUGCCUCCUGGGGUUUUAUUCCUCCCGUGGAGAAGCCGCAAAAGGGCACAGAAGGGUUCGGCCGCCGGAAGGGGAAGGAGAUGGCGAGCGAAGAGGAGAGCACGGUGAAAGAGCCUCUCGAUCUCAUCAGGCUCAGCCUCGACGAGCGCAUCUACGUCAAGCUCCGCUCCGACCGCGAGCUACGAGGAAAACUUCACGCUUAUGACCAACAUUUGAACAUGAUACUCGGGGAUGUUGAAGAGAUAAUAACUUCUGUGGAAAUUGAUGAUGAGACUUAUGAAGAGAUUGUUCGCACCACCAGACGAACUGUGCCAUUUCUUUUUGUCCGAGGUGAUGGAGUCAUUCUAGUUUCUCCACCUCUUAGGACCGCAUGAGCGCCUGGUGAAGUAUAUGCCUUUGCCAUGCACAAUUUCGUGAUCAGUUAUCAGUAGUAAACUAUUCACAAUAGCUGUCUCCAUGGCGUGUUUUUGAGUCAGGUUAAAUGUUUGUGGUGAGACCUCGUUCUCCAGUUUUAGUGGAACAGCUGAAUUUAGUUGUGCAUCAUGCAAGCAAUUAUUAUGGUUGUCUGAAUAUUUAUGGUAUCAAGCAAGUUGUUGUUGGUAAUGUUCAUUGGUUUAUUGCAA